AAAUCUGACCAUUUCAGUGAAUUUAUCAAAACAAUAUCAACGAGAUGUUUUGUAAUCCCUAAUCCCUACCCUUGCGCCUUCUACCGCCGCCGCCCUCCCGCUUCGAAGAGUUCGACUCCCGACGUUCGCCGUCGCCCAUACUCCGCAGAUCAUCGCCGAGCAUUGCUCCCAGCGCCAACCGUUGCUCCUCCCACCACCACUCCGACGCAGCUUACCUCCGACCCCCGACGCCCUCCCUUCUAUUCCGGAGAUCGCCGCUGUCAUUAUCGCUAUUAUUUAAUGGAUCUGUAGUUUGACUGGAUGAACUAGAUAGAUUUGGCCAAUGGGCUACACUGGGUCGAUAUUGGGGCUGGAAUUCCAUUCAAAGGUUGCGGAGAAGCAGGAAGCCGGAAACUAUGUGGAGUAAUACAAUCUUGAGGAGAGUUAUCCAUCCUGGAAGAGCAUUUUUCUCCCACCGAGAGUACAGUUCUAAGAUUUUCAUCAGCAGACUAUCAUUUUACACAACUGAUGAUGAGCUCAGAAAUACAUUUUCACAGUUUGGCCAAAUUAAAGAAGAUAUUAUGGCAGCCAGGCUCAUCAAGGAUCCAAGAACCAAUAGGCCUAAAGGUUAUGGCUUUGUCGAGUACUCUACCGAUGCUGAAGCAGAGAAGGCAAUAAAAUCUAUGGAUGGAAAGAUAUAUGGUGGGAGGCUGAUUUUUGUGGAACAUGCCAAAUCUGAAUCCACGGGUGAAACAUAAAUCUGGUGGCUGGAACGCCACAGACGAUGCUUCCUUCCUAUGAUUUCCUCUUUUUGGGCAAACCCUUAUUUUAUUGUAUGAAAAAUGGUUACCCAUGUUCUUCUGAUGCUCCGUCUCCUUAACACCUUUUGAAUAUGCUGCUGAACGUUAGAGAUUCAUCCACUAUUGGAUAAACAAAUUGCAAUCUGAUCGAUAAAAUUUAAAGCUUAUUCAGACCUUAUCUUUUUUCUUGA